UCAAAAAGAGAUAUUUAAAUAAAGAUAAUUCAAGUAGUUUUGGUUAUUACAGUUUUAGUGAUUCGAACUUGAUGUCUGAGAAAGAUUAUAAGAAAAGGAGAAAUAGACGCAGAUUUAAACUAGAAAAAUUUAAGAAAGAUGUGGUAUAUACAGGAGAAAGUAAAAGACGAAAGUUGGCUUUAGAGAAUAUUUUUGAUAAUUUUAAGGAAGUAUUUGAUACCAGUUAUAGUGAAAUAAAACAUUGUAAGCUAGAAAAAUGCAAAAUUGAGACAGGGGUGGGGGAAAAAGUUAUUAGGGGGAUAGAUAGUACCACAAGAAUUGAUCGAAAGAAUAGAAUGACAUCUAGAGGAUGUGGUGGAAAAAAAGUAAUAAGAGAAUCGACGUCUGAAUGGAAAAAUUUUAUUAGAUUGUUGAGAAGCCAAACGACGAGAUAA